UUCGGUGUUGACUUCGGUAUCGAUCGGUUGGUUGGAAAAUUUCCGUGGCCGGCGAACGGUGUUAAGGACUAUUUUUUGCUUAUUUUUUCUGUGGUGCGGUCUCUUAAGGAUAUAGACCAGAGUGUGAUAACCAGGAGUAAACCCACCCCUUCUGUAUAGUUUUUGGGUGGCGCCUUCCGGGCAGAAGUUUGUGUGCUCUUGAAAGCGGAUCAGAAAGUGACGACAGGACGCGGACCAUGGCUUGCAUUUGUAGGGUUCGACAGGACAACAGAUCCUACUGGAUGCGUGGACUGGAUUUUCCGUAGACAGACUCACAGUGAGGGGUCGGGGAUAAGCGGGGGUUCUGUUUCAUAAGAAAAGCGGGAGGAAAACAUUCUGUAAUUGGAUUUGAAGAAGUGAAUAGCGGAUGCGUGUGUAGAGAAAGUCUAAAAAAGUGCGACUGACACGUGCGACCAGCGAAUUUUCCACACAGAAGUUGUGCAAGCGCUCAGUGGAAGUGAUAAUACAUUAGUCAUCACCGUCGCUAUUGGGUGGUCAAGUGAAAACAAAGUAGCCCGGGGCAUUUCGAAGGGCCGAAGAAAAAGGAUUACCAGUGGAUUAAAACUGCCAGUACACUUGGAUUAACAUUUGCUGGUUCCGUUGGACGCUUCUAGAGUGGAAAACCUUAAGGAUAUCAAUUGUACCCAAUUGAAUGAACGAAAUUCCAAAGAAGCUAAUUGAUCGCGUGUGAAUGACUGUUGCCCUUCAAAAUCGAUCCCAUUCGUCGAUAGUGGAUGCAUUAACGAAGAGUUUUAAGUAACUUAUAACUAUACAGUGACGAAAAGAACCUCCUGCGAACAAACGGUAAUCUUGUCCCGGUCAAGGUACUUUCCGAGUGUAGUCGUUGAUAGUCGAACGAAACAACCCACGAUAAUAGUGUAAUAGUGGAGAAAAUCGAUUGUACAACCGUCAUCGUCGUCGUUUUGGUCGCAAUUUGGAGCCGUGCUGAAUUUCCCCACGGAGAGUUGACUGCACCUCUGCGUCUAAUAAAGCAGCGGAAAAUCCGAAACGCCCGCGGUUGGAUGUUUUUGUGCUUGUUUCCGAUAUCUAUUGGCGGGUGCUCCGGCGAAAAAGCAAAAAGCAGUGUCAGUGGGUGUCGUCAUUGUGCUUCAGGAGAGAGAGACUUCAUCGAUGAGCGACGACACAAAACAUCGCAGCGAGCAACUACCGCAACAUUACGAGAUAAGAGCAACAGAAGAAAAAAGUGAAACCACCACCUGACACAGCCUCCGAUGAGAGCAGGUCUACUACCCCUUAGCAACCCAAACUCGGAGUGCUCCUCGGAGUUUUUGUGAGUGACGUGAGAAGCGAACAAAAAAUCAUCCCAGUAAACGUUGAUUGAAUGUUGUUCCAUUUUAACGCCAAAAAACGGAGAAAAUUUUAAAACAAAUAUUGAAAUUAGUCGGAGAAGAUUACUUUACGUAUGAAUAAAGGCAGUUUGGGCAGGAAAAAGCGCAAGCCAAUUACGGAAACGGAGAAGCAUUUCGCGGGCAAAUCGAUUCGAGUGGAAACGUCUCUCGGAAGAUAUUAACCCCCAUCAACGGAGCACGAGUUUUUGAUUGGCGAGUGAGCAGUGAAAUCACAGCGCCAUUGUUUUGCGAGCUGGAUUUGUUGAUUUGAUGAGCUUUUUUAGCGGUUGGUAAAUGACGACAAGUGAAAGGACCGGAUCAAAAGAUUAAUCUGACGUGAAGUGAAUACCCUCGAGUGCAUUCAAGAGAGCGAGGAGGAAGAAAAAUUGCGGUGGCUAAGAAACAAGUGUAUGGUGAAGUAAGGUGCUCCCGGUUGCGAGGAACGCAAAUAUAUAAAUUAGUGUUGAUCCGGUGGGAAUAUUAUCGCGUGUGGAUUGAAUUGACGUCGUGUGCCGCGGAAGGGGGACACCGAGACAGUUUUUGGUGACUGGUCAAUUUGGGCUUGAAGACGGGGAAGGAGUAAGGAAGAAAGGAGAAGCGACGCAGUAACAAGCUGGAGAGUUAAUUUGGAUGAAAAUAUGUCAAAGGACCCCACUCAGUCACGGAUACCACGGAUCGGCAGCACCACAAGUAGCAGUAGAAUCCCAAUUCCCGGAUCGAUUCGUCUACCCCAAGCACGAUUCCAGUCGAAAAUAGCCAAACCCUCCACCUCCGCGAUCCCUGCACCGUCAACCCCAUUUGCAACACCAGCGCCACCACCUGCCGGAAGACAUCUUCGGCCGCCGAAGUCCACAGCAAUCAGCAUCGCCCGAUCCUACUCCGGGGACGCACUAUGCGGUGAAAGCACACCUCUUCUGCCAGCUCUGGCCGCCUCUACCCCAGCCCCGACUGUGAAACCCACCAGUGGGCUCGAGUUCUACCAGAAGCUGGAGCUGGCAUCGACCGAAAACCUGCAUGACACAUUUGCCCUGCCAUCAUCUACGACGACGACGCAGCCUAGGCCAGCUAGCCAAAACGUAGACUACAAUGAUGACGGUCGGAUGCUAGUUGAUGAAUCGCUGGAGCUGGUCGGGGCCGACAGUACGGACAACAUUGUGCUAGCUCAACAGAACCAGAACGGUAUGAACAUGCUGAAACCGGCGUCUAGUAACGAAACCGUGACGCUCAACUGCGACGGAAACGUCACGUAUGAAGUGAAACGCAGCGAAACCUUUGUCAAGUCGUCCCAGGAGUCGCUGAAACUCGGCGGUAGUCGAGAAUCAUUGAACCGAACGAGGGGAGCGUCCUUGUUUCAAAGCAAUAGCAGCGGGGAGUCGCCGGUUUUGGACAAAACCCAUACGAUAUUGAUCGAUGUGGGAGAUUGUAAGGGGCCGUUUAGUUCGACCAUGGUCUCUGACAGGCCGAUGAACGUCACACAAAGCAUUCCAAAUGUUACCGCAGAAAUCGAAGGUAUGCCGCACAUCAAUCGAAGGAGUUUGAUGUAUCAAACGCAUGAAGUGCUUAGCCCCGACAGGCUAUUGCCUACGGAGCCGAUGGUUCCCCAGCGCCCCACUAGACUGACGUUCAACAUGAACGAAACCAUGAACAUUUUGAAUGCGUCUGAUCCUACGGCAGCCUUGAAUAAGACGCAAGUUUUCAGCUCGACGAUGCAUUCGCCUCUGGCGGUGGGAACAAUUGAGGAUGUUUUGAACGUCACGAGAGACAUCCAUGGAUCCAGCUUAGUGGACGCUAUGCAGUUAGACGUGAGUGGUGGAGAUCGCACGCUGGUGGCGGAGGAUUUGGAUGGAGCGAAAUUCGGCGAAACGAUGGAUGUUGACGAUGGCGGAGUGGGGAAGGAGAUGUUUGAUUUGAGUUUAGAUGAACCGCCGUCUAUAGGGAAGGAUGAAGUGCUGAUCCGUCCGAUCGAAGGAAGAACCUCGAUUCCGGCGAGACAGCGCUAUUCGUUUGGUCUGGAUCUUACUGAAACGCUGCUGCACGACUGCUCCAUAGAACUUUGCGACUCCUCGAUAUCGUCGGCAAAACCACACCUGAAAUCACCUGUAUCUAGCUGCAUGACGAAACAAGGAUCGUUUGAAAUGGACGAAAGUUUGGGAAUACUGACACCCGAUCAGAUGAAAGAAUUCUUGGACUCUACAACUACUAACACGAACAAUACCAACAACUUGGAGCUUCAAUUGAACACUGGUUCUCACAAACACGGUCUCCAUCACUGUCGAAUAGAUCAAACACCAUCGCCCGAAGAGUUGCCCCUAGACCCAAUUGGUGUCAAAACCGACAUGUCUGACAUCAUUCUACCGUCGGAGAUUCUUUCGAACGCCGGCCCAAUAAUGUACCAAGAGAUAUCUCAAACAGAUUCGGAUUCCAAAACGGAUCAGAUGACGAAAUCUGCCACCUCCAAGGUAUCCAACAGCUUCAUUACCAGCAUCACUAGCAUCACCAGUUUGGACACCGGCUACCAGGGAGAUGGCGAAAUGUCUCGUCCAGCAAGCCGCGGGGCCGACCACUCCCCGUCGAAUGGACCAAGAUUGAAAAAUCAAGCAGCUGCAGCCAUAUGGAACGGUCCGGUAGCACAGCCAGCCCCAGUGCCACGCCGGCCGGAUCCGAUGACAGACAGUGACUUCUUCACCGAAAGCGAUGCAGAUGAUGUGUUGAAUCGCGGAGAUCGAAGGGCGCAGAUAAUUGACGGCCAAUUGUACGGACCGAUGAUGCAGGGGGCUAAUGUAUUCAUAAAUCAACAACCGCAAAAUGAUGACUCGUGCAUGGAGUCGAGUGGUAUCUUUACGGAUGUGGAGAACCGCGGGGAGGACGAUCUCGUGCAUAGAAGGUCUGAGAACGAAGACCGGUUAGAACGUGAGGAAGAUGACGAGCAUUCCAUCAACGGGGUAGGUCAGCAGGUUGCCGAUAGCGAUAUGAGCCCUGACGUGUCUACCGAUACGAUCAGCAGCAGCAAUACGGCUUGCAGUCAGAAGAAGGUGGUUCCGCUAAACGCGAGAAACGCCGAACACGGUGCUAGUUGUUUACAAACUACUUCAAUGGUUCCACCCAUAAACGCUAACGACUCAAAAACACCUGCCCAACUCGAUGGGUCAAAACCGGAGAGUCUUUACCGUGAAAGUGACGUCACCAAACACGUUGUCACACCUUCUUUAAGUGGUGGCGCCGCGGCUAUUGAUGCAACAGCGUCGCACCAGAUCCAAUCGUCACCGUCGGCGACCUCUUUGGUGAGCGACGCCGGCAGCCGAAUCGAUUGUGGUGAGAACGGCGUCGGCGUCACUUGUGUUGGUGAAGCGGCUAGUAGUAAAGCCGAGAGCGCAACUAACAUCAUCACCAUCGUCCGAGCAGGGCCAAUCGCUAGCAGCACCGACAGUUUGUCUGGCGCACUCGUCGGUAGUGGAGGUAUCGGUAGUAGUAAUGUCGGUAGUGUUGGCAAAAAGCCCGGUUCCAGUCGUAAACAGCAGAAAAACGAAUCCAAUUUAGUGCUGAAAAAACAUGAAAUGUCGUCGCGCGCGGUCAGGACGCGUCUCUUCAAGGAGAGCGCCGUUUCGAAAGCGUCGCGUAGUGUCGGCGGAAGUGCUAUGAAUCUGGACGUCGAGAAUGAGUGUGAAAAUCAGGAAAAUAAGCGUCCCACCAGUGCUAAUCGCGGUGGCUGUGGUCCACGUGCCAGUGCCAGUGUCGGAAAUUUGAGCUUUACGAAGAAAUCAGCCACCCCGAACAAAUGGGACGCAGUGAUGAGUAAAAUUGCCGAGAAUAAGGCCGUCGUGAAGAAAAAUUUCAGUGAUGUGAAGUCGAAAAUCAGUUGCGGCAAGACGGUGGUUUCGACGUCGUCCUCAUCGGUGGCGUCGGGGCGUCGACUGGAUUCUCCGGCGUCGCUCAAAAGUCCUCCUUCGGAAUGCAGCAGUGUGGGCAACCGGAGCAUCGGAGCAAUUCCGAUGACGGGCGGGAAGCGGACUAUUUCCGGAUCGGUGAAGCGCAGUCGCACCCACAGCAAAGACAGCCAGCAAAGCUCGCAGAGUGAUCUGAGCUUGACGGGUGGAUCACCGAAGCUGCAGACCAAAGCAUCCAGCACACGACCGGCCAAAAAGCGAGAUGUGCGCACAAUCAACUCGUCAUCCAGCGAUUUGGGUCCACCGUCGAAAACCGUCGGCAGCAGUGGCAAUAAUGGGCCCAAUGCCAUCACCAACCCAAUGCAGACACAACACCAGCGAGCUAGUCUCCGAGCGGCGGCCACAUUGCAGAAACGAAUAUCGACGCCCGGCAAUGUGGCAAACGCCACCAUACCGUCGAUCGUUCCGGAGCAGCUGAAGGGAUCGCCACCGCCACCGAAGCGCAACUUCAUCGCAAAGCGAACGCUUUCCACGCCGGUCUCAGGCAACACCGUGGUGAAGACGCCACUGAAAGAUCAUAAUCGCUUGGUUGGCCCGACGCCAAAUGUCAGACAGCAGCCCGGAGCGAAUUCACCGAAAACGCAGACAAAGACUUUGAUCCGAUCCCACCCAUCUCCCGUGACGCCACCCACAAAUACGACGACCACCACGACGACGCCUUCCUGUCCCAAAAGCAACAACAACAACAAUAACACCAUCACCAGCAAUGGGACCGCGCUGAAGAAUGCUGCCAAUAUCCAACGCAACGGAACCAUUAUCCUGGAGAAGACCAGCUCGCCGUUGAUUCUUGGGGGAAGAGAUGGAGGAGGCGAUGUGCCGCCAGUCGUCGUUGGACAGAAGAUCCUUGGCAGCAAAGAGACGACGACACUGCUAAAUGGCGGCACUACUGGAGAUGGCACUGGUGGACGCAAUAAUGUGGACUCGUACCGCAACAACAAUUUAGUCGAUAUUAGUUUGCUCAAUCAUGCCAACCGGGGCGUGGAGGCGCUGGGAGUUUUAGUACAAUACUUAGUUUUUAAUCUGGAUGCCUUUUCCUGUCCCACUGUCAAAAAGUCCCAUCAGAAGACCACCCAUGACCUGCUAGAGACCAAAUCAAUGCUCGAUGAGGAGCGCAGCACGUGCCAGUCGCUCAAGCAGCAGCUGCUGGAGAACACCGAACGGGAGGCAGAACUUCAGGAACUGCACCGAUGUGAAAUUAAUAAAGUGGAAGCCUGUCUAGAAGAGCAUCAACGCUCGGCCGCGGAUCGGAUUACCGCCCUGGAAGCAGAAGCGCUUCGAAAGGAACUUGAAGCGAACGACAAGCUACUAUCUACGACAGAACUGUACGAAUCCCGUCUGGCCGAACGGGAAGCCGAGCUCAAACUGUCGCAAGCCCGGGAACAGGACUUGCUUCAGCGAAUAAACGCCCUCACCUGUACCGAGAAUGAGCUCCGCGAGAAAGUGCACUCCAGCGAGUUGGAGUUUAGCGAACGGCUCCAAGCGGCAGCAAUGCGCGAACGUGACCUUUCCGAACAGCUCAAGCAGCUAAACCGGCAGAUGGAGGAAAUGCGCCGAGCAGCGGAGGCUCGGGAGCUAGAACUAGAGGAGAAGAUCAGCCUCACACAGGAUGAGUGUACCGUGCUACGGCACAGCCGAAGCUCGCUGGAACCAUCGCCGCCAAACGAGGAUCACGAACCACCGCAGCGUACCUCCCUUGGCGGAUCGUUCACAUCGGAUCACUCGUUUACGGGAGCUCCGCUGCAGACGAACCGGUCGUCGGGAAAUCUGAGCCAGGCGCAGGUGCUGCAGGAUGAGGUGAACAGCCUGCGAUGCGUGCUGGAUCUUAAGCAGCGGGAGAUAUCCGACCUGCGAAAGCUGACGCAGGAGUACGAACGCGACGCCAAGGAGCUGCCCGGAGCGCUGGUGAAGAUCUCCGCCCUGGAGUCGAGAAUUGAGGAUCUGCAGGUGCAGCUUCGGACCAAAACUGAGGAGGAAAAGGACCUGCAGCAGAAGCUGAAGCUACUCCAGGACAACCUGAAGCAGGAAACCAAAACCAAGACCCGACUGUCGCAGCACAACGAGGAACUGCAGUGGAAGCUGAAACAGAACUCGGAGAAGUUCUCACACGUGUACGCCGAGCUGUCCAAGAGCUACCACGACACCAGCAGCUUCAUGAACGCAACCCGGGUCAGUUUGGACCCGCCGACAACUUCGCAGGUCAACCACAGCCGAUCCAGUGCCGGUUCAGAGCGGGUAUUCGAGAUGGACGACCUGUCGCCACCGACUUCUCCGGUCAUCAAGGGUGUGGUUGAAAAGAGCGAUUCGGUUUCGUGGGUUCUGGAGAUGGACGACGAACCACCGGAGAUUUCCGCCUCGCGAAUGGUUCGUCGAGCGGGAUCCUUUCGGUCUUCGUAUGCAAACGCCGCCGGUGGUGCCAAUCAGGAUGUGAAACGACAGCGAUGCUUCAACACUUCGUUGAACGGUAUUCAACAAUCCAGCUCAGUGGGAUCAAUCUUGAAGCAGCAAGAGGCAUCGCCAUCCAAGAUGGGAACGCCCACAACCCCGAGACUGAGGUCUAAAUCUGUCAGCAUCAAAGCGGCCACAGAACCACCAAAGAAGAUCGUACGUUCGAACUCGGGUGCUUCGUCGUCGGCGGUUUCCAAACCCAUUCGGAUGGCAGAGAUGCCACUUUCGUGGAAGGAACCCCCACUUUACAGCAGCUCCCCGUACGCUCACAAAAGGUUUCUGAACGAGCGAAUGGAAAACGGUGUCAGUAAGUCGUUUCGAGAUGGGAAAGAUUUAUUUCUCGAAGAAACGGAAUUUCUAGGCGAGAUGGGUGGCGAAAGCCCUUACAGCAGGAGCCGAGCGGGAUCAUUCGGAGAGGGACCUGCCGAAGGUACAUCGGAGCAGCCGGUCGAGUUUUUUCACCGGGACAAAACCCCAAACUUUAAGAAAAGCAAAGAAAAUCGGGGUUUGAUAACUUGUGAUACGACAGCGCUGACAGAGUACGGGAGCGACACUCCGGCGCACAAGAAACGGCGUGAGUUUGCACGCAAAAGCCUAACUGGCAAGAGCAACUCGUUACCAAAGGAAGCGGCCGGAGAGGCCUUAGUAUCCGGUUCGAACUCGGACGAUGAGGCAUCCUCCUCUUCUUGCCUAUCCGAUGACCUCUCGUCUGGAGCAAGCUGCACUAGCAGUGGAAGUAGCAGUAGCAGCUCCUCUAGCACCGGAGGACCAUCCUGUUCAUCCCGGUCGUCGUCCGGUGAGGCUCGGGAAGCGCUAGUGCAGCUGGAAGAACACGGACAAAUCCGCGGGGCAAUGUCUAGCGAAGAUCCCCUGUUGCGGAAAAUCGUAGCUAGUCUGAACGGAACCAUUUCCAACGAGGGCAAUGACACGCCCAUGGAAGUCAGCUGGUCCGAGGACGGAGAUCCGUCCGAGUCCAUCGUAUGACAAGACGAUGAUAGCUUUUAAAUGUUACGGAAACGGAGUGGCCAAGUCGCUCUCGUUUCCCGUCUAUGUGAACAUGCGCUGACUGAUGGCUUCGAAAGCUCGAAAUAAUGGCCGUCAUCCUGAUUUUUUUUAUUAUUACAGUAGGUUCUGUUUGUUUUACACAGUUAGUCAGGUUAAUCAGUUGUUAAAUGUAUAAUUUUCUGUAUUUAUAUGUAAAAGUCAGUAGAGGAAAAGGUUUUGCGCGCGCGAUAAGAAAAGGUCCAAUGAGAUAUGCGUAUGAGAUUGAGAGGGAGUUUUGUUCAUUGUUUCUUCAGUUUUGUUCAGUUUCUUUUUUAACGAGUAUCCGUUCGAUGGCAUGUUUGAGUUUGUGUUUAGUGAUUCAACUAUAGAAAGCAGCAGAUUAUAUAAUCAAUAUGCAAAAGAAACAGUCAGUCACAAGCGGUUGAAAGAUUAAUAAUUUUGUGUCGUUGUAACUAUUAGGCGAUUAAUGCGGAGCAAAUUAAAAUGAAAGAUAAAUGGAAGAAGGAUGUGUUAUUAGCAGAGUAAGAUUUUUCGUCGAUCUUCUACUCGUAGAGUCGGCUUUUGAAGAUAAUACAAAAAAGCUCGUUUAAGUGAACAAGAAAUUGUCCUUUGGCAGAAAAAUAUUUAAUUGUUAUUAGACUUAUAAGAGAGAGAUUUAAUCCAGAAUGUAAAAACUUGUCGAAAAUAAUAAAGAAUCAAAAGCAGUUCGACCCCUAUUUGUGUAUAAUAAUACGACUAAUCUUUAGAGUAGCGACAAAGCGGCGGACGAUUUGUGAAGCGAAGGCACCGUAGACAUUUUUUGGACCAGAAACAGCCGAAGCGAUAGGAAAAAAAUUGGUGCUCAUUUGGAAUUUGCGCAUUAGAUAUGCUUCAGCAUGCGAAGUGCUGCAGCUCGAUAUAAAAUGAAACAACUUUGUCACAUAUUGUGUAGUAGUUUGUAGCGAAAGUUUACUAAACAGAAAUCACACACAAUAAUGGAUUAUACUUAACCGCCCUUUUGGAAUCUUUGGAUGAGGAAUAAUCAAACUACAUUUUUAAUUAGCGAGCAGUUCUUGAGGAUAUAUAUUGAAACCAAUUUGUAGCGUUUUAUCUAUAGAUAUGUGAAACACUUUUCCAUUUUUUUUAUUGCGUAGGGUGAUGAACGUUUAUUUUCUUGCUGUUUUUCGUUCUCCAAAUAUUACCAAUUGUUGGCUCAAUGCUAUAAUGCAAUGCAUUCUUUUUGCAUUGGCUUUUAAGCUUUUGGUGAACCAAUUAGAUCGUUGAAAUGAAGUCUUUUCAGUUUUGCACGUUAGCUACUGAAGAAACGGCAAAUCCCGACUAAGGACGAAAUGAUACUAGCAAAGAGCAACACGAGAAAAAGAUAGUUUCGAGACGCGAAGAGAUGGUAAUGAUGAUUUGACUUUAUUUACAAGAAAGAGAAAUUGCGUAGGAUAUGCAACAGAGUUCUGAUGUACGAUAUUACGUUUAUUGCAUUGAUAUAAAGCGGAACUGACCCCUCAGAGAGUCAGGUGGACAGAUUAACAUAUACCUACAGACACACAUUCAGCUAGCAGUUUAUGCAACUAAAAGUGAAAUGAGAUAAUUAAUUGAAACAGUGACACACAAUAAACUGAAAAUAUGAAUAAA